AUGGUUACGGCCGACGCCAAAAUGGCCACUUACCAUGGUGAUAAUCUUAAGCAUUAUGUGCUUACACUUAUGGCCACCGUAGAGCUCAUCUAUAGUGAUGCGAGUAUUGGAAACGCUGUUAACAUAGCAUUAGUGAAACUAACUGUAUUGGAUGAGAACGAGAGUAGAGAUGUAAUCCAUACGUCGGCGUCGAAGACAUUGCGCCACUUCUGCCGGUGGCAACACAUGCACAAUGAGGCCAAUGAUAGUCAUCGCUAUCAUUACGACACCGCUAUUUUGCUAACUCGAGAAGACUUGUGCCGAAUGCCCAAUACAUGCGAUACUUUAGGUUUAGCCCAAUCCGGACAGAUAUGUGACGCCACUGCCAGUUGUGCGGUCAUAGAAGACAACGGUCUGAGCGCUGCCUUCACUAUUGCUCAUGAAUUAGGACACGUCUUAAGUAUUCCUCACGACGACGACGACAAGUGUUUUAAAUAUCAUCGACAAGACCAGGAAAAUGAAGAUGAAAGAAGCAAACAUAUUAUGGCGCGUAUGCUUGACUAUACGAGCCAUCCCUGGUCCUGGUCUUCAUGUUCACGACAUUUUAUCACUCAAUUCUUUGAUGAUGGGAAUGGAGAUUGUUUGCUGGACAAGCCUUCGGAAAACCUGCUCAAUGACAUACUAUGGCGCGCCAGUAGUGACCACUUCUCCAUAAUGGAGUUGAGACAACCGGGAGAGUUGUUUGAUAUGGAUCUUCAGUGUCAGCUGGUGUUUGGUCCCACUUCACGGAUAUGUCCGUAUAUGCCUGUCUGUAGACGACUUUGGUGUACAAUCAGCAGUGAAGGAGGGGGUUGUCGGACACAACACAUGCCAUGGGCUGACGGCACCACAUGUGGUCAAAGCAAAUGGUGUCAACGCGGAGAGUGUGUUUCCAUUGAUAAACUGGAUUCGCAUCCAAUCGAUGGUCAAUGGGGGGAAUGGAAACACUUCGAGGAAUGCUCUCGAAGUUGUGGCGGAGGAAUACAACAAUCACUUAGAGAGUGCGAUACCCCCAGACUGCCGGAUGCGAUCAUAUUUUGGGAAGUGAUGUUCAACCAGACAAUUGUGGAAUAUGGCUAUAAUUUAGUAGUGGUUUUGCCGAUCGGAGCGACAAAUAUUCUUAUUGAACAAUCGGGUACUUCAAGUACUGACGACAACUAUUUAGCCCUUAGAGCUCAUGAUUUGACUUAUUUACUAAACGGGGAGUUUGUGGUUAGUAUGUUUCACAAGGCUAUUCGGUACGGAGGCAUCACAAUUGAAUACAGCGGAUCGAAUCAAGCCAUUGAACGCAUCAAUACAAGUAAACCACUGACUCGACCCUUAUAUGUCGAGGUGAGUAUUCCACUACCAUGGACCAUGGUAUUAAGUGUUGGUAACUUAUCAUCUCCUGAAGUGAUCUUCCAGUACUCUAUAUCUGUUGAACGCAAUGAAUACAUAUGGCGUACAGAAGACAAAUCAAGUGAAUCGUCAACUGUUUUACAAACAAUUACAUCAAUAGAUGCUAAAUAUGUGAAAUCCAUCACAAAUGCCAUCACAUGGAGUGAUGUACAAAGUGUGGCCACAACUACCUAUUUGUUGAAAGAGUCUCAAACAUCACUUACAAGUCUAACCAUUUCGUCGUUCAUAAGCACUCCAUUCUAUGCGAUCACAACUUUAUCAACACUUUCAGAACCAAGUGUUUUCCCAGAAGUGAUGAGUACUGAGAGCUCAAUGAUAUCAGCGACGAGUGAAAGAAACGAAGUAAUGAAUGUCGCGGUCAAUGUGGCUAAAGUGGUAUCUGAGGUGAAGUGGACUUUCUCUCAAUGGUCUCACUGUUCGGUUUCGUGUGGAAAUGGAACUCAAACAAGAGGUCCGUUGUGUUCCUCAAAGUGGGAUCAAAAUCGCGUGUUUGAGUGCAGCUCUCAAUCCAAACCCUCGCCACAAAUUCUUCCCAAUCAGUUCUGUGAUCCCUCGACCAGACCUAAGAAUAUCAGACGCUGUAAACAGAAUACCUGUCCUUUCGUUUGGCAAACCAACCAUUGGUCUCAGUCGAGGAGCGGUUUGGAAACCAAGUAUUUGGCAAUCGGUUUGUUCUUUAUUCAAAGCAAUGACUACCGCUUUGCAGAGAGCCAAUCAGGCGGCUGGCAGAUCGCUUUCGGCGAGGCUGGCGACUGCUAUUCUGUGAUGCAUUGCCCUCAGGGACAGUUCAAAAUCAAUUUGAAGGGCACGGGUCUCAGUGUUUCACCCAAAACUAAAUGGUCAGUCCAGGGAAGUAAAGCAACCAAACAUAUUGACCGAAUCGAUGGUGGACAGGUUGUGACGGGUCGUUGUGGUGGUUAUUGCGGUCGUUGUACGCCAUCCAAUGGCUUAUAUCUUGAUCUCUACGAAUAUUUAUAA